AUGGCGCUCGCCGCGGAUACGAAGGCUGCUCGAGAGCUGUACCUGGGCAAUCUUCCAGCUGGCAUUACUGGCCAGCAGUGGAUGCCUUGGAUCAAUGUGAGUGUUAUUCUUGCUGCCCUUGUGCUGCUGCAGCCAAGCAGCCUGGUGCCAGGCUGA